CAGGACGUCUUUCAGCUCCAUCUUCUCUGCAGAGUCUGACACCCGGACGUCAUAGGCUUCUCACUUUGUCAGUAGAUCCUCAUCCUCUGAAACUGGUCCAAUUCCUUCUGGCUCUCAGCAAAUAAAUGUGAUUCCAAUAACUGGAGAUUACAAACAGUAAACAACUAUUGAGUGCGCAGACAGUAUUCUGGAGAGAGAGGGAUUGAGAUUCACUCACUGCAGUCUCAGGGACAGGUUUCCUUUGCCUCUAAGGUCCUCCAUCUUCUGGAUGAAUUUGCUGGCUCCUCGCAGAUAAUCUUGGGGGGUGAUUUCAACUGGGUAUGGGAUCCUCUCUUGGACACAUCCACUUGGACAGGUUUCCUUUGCCUCUAAGGUCCUCCAUCUUCUGGAUGAAUUUGCUGGCUCCUCGCAGAUAAUCUUGGGGGUUGAUUUCAACUGGGUAUGGGAUCAUCUCUUGGACACAUCCACUGGAUGGAUCUAUAUUCAGUAACUACAGUCCUUUUGGUGAUGCUCAUGACCAUCUUGUUGACUAAGUACACCAAGAUAUUGUUGGAGAAGUCUAAGCUGCCUCCUGGACCAACUCCUCUCCCCAUCAUUGGCACUCUUCACAAGAUGAACUUCAAUAACAUUGUGAAGUCGCUGCUGGAUUUAUCAAAAAAGUAUGGUGACAUAUAUACCGUAUAUGAAGGGAGCCAACCGGUUAUUGUGCUAUGCAAUUAUAAAACCAUCAAAGAUACGUUAAUUGAUAAAGCAGAAGAGUUCAGUGGUCGAGCCUAUUUUCCUUCCUUCUUUGACUUUACCAAAGGAGAUGACUUUGCAUUUAGUAGUGGUGAAAAAUGGAAGGAGCUGAGACGUUUUGCGAUGCUAACACUGGGGAGUCUUGGAGUUGGAAAACGCAGCUUUGAGGAGAGGAUACGAGAGGAAGCCAUGUGCCUGACUGAUGUACUGAGAAAAUCAAAUGGAUCCUCAAUAGAUCCCAAUUACAAUAUACUACGUGCAAUGUCCAAUGUCAUUUGCUCUGUAGUGUUUGGUAACCGGUUUGAAUAUAAUGAGGAACAUUUCCAAAAACUUGUGUUAUGCGUUCAAGACAACUUCCGAAUCAUGAGCACACGCUGGGGAUUACUAUACAACAUUUUCCCGAAUGUAUUGCGGUACAUUCCUGGACCUCACCAUGAAAUUAUGGAAAACUUCAAAUUCAUGGGAGACUUUAUCAAGAUGAAAAUGGAGAACAAUAUGAAGACUUUGGACAGGAAUAACCCAAGAGAUUUUAUAGACUGUUUCUUGAUCAAGAUGGAGAAGGAAAAGAACAAUGAAAAAACAUUCUACAAUCCUGAUACUUUGGUGAUGUGCUCUUUAAUCUUAUUCUUUGGUGGAACAGAAACAGUGAGCGCCACCUUCAGAUUUACAUUAUUAUUUGUCAUGAAACACCCCAGUGUAGCAGCAAAGGUCUACGGGGAAAUAGACAGUGUUAUUGGCCAGCGUCCACCCAAUUACGAGGACAGACACAGCAUGCCUUACACCGUAGCUUUUCUAUAUGAAAUCCAGCGGUAUGCUGAUGUGGUACCAUUAGCUCUUCCCCAUGAAUUGACCAUGGAUACUCAGAUUUAUAAUUAUAAAUUCAAGAAGGGAACAGUGUUCACACCAGUCCUCACAAGUGCACACAAUGACAAGACACAGUUUGAUAACCCGGAGAAUUUCGACCCCAAACACUUUUUGGAUGAAAAUGGGAAACUUAUAAAAAAUGAGGCCCUGAUGCCAUUUUCUGCAGGUAAGAGAAUAUGCCCGGGCAAGAGCUUGGCAGAUAUGGAGAUUUUUCUGUUCAUCACAACACUAUUGCAGAAAUUCACAAUCAAGUCGACGGUGCCCCCCGAAAAGAUCUCGGUUACUCCAGCAGCUGUUGGACUUGGACACAUUCCCCCCAGCUAUGAGAUAUGCUUUUUACCCCGUACUUGCACUGAAGAAUAACAACAGCUGAUGGCACAAAAUGGGUCAGGUGUGAGCCUACCCUAACAAUGAUCUUCUCAGUGUUUCCUGUCAGUAAUAGCACCCACAUAUACUAUAACAGUGAUCUUCUCAGUGCUUCCUGUCAGUAAUAGCGCCCACAUAUACUAUAACAGUGAUCUUCUCAGUGCUUCCUGUCAGUAAUAGCGCCCACAUAUACUAUAACAGUGAUCUUCUCAGUGCUGUCUGUUGGUAAUAGCGCUCAUUUAAUUUUUUACACAGUAAUAGUUUUCCUCUUAAUGCCCCUUAUUGUGUAAUAAUGCCCACCUUCAUGCUCCUUACUGUACUACAGAUCACGGCACAAAAAAAUGACCCUCAUACAACCCUGUAUAUGGAAAAAUGAGAAAGUUAUAGGGGUCAGAACAGGGCAAUUUUAAACAAACUUAUUUUGUUAAAAAGUCUGAGUUUCAUUUUUGCAUUUUUGUUUUUUCCUAAUUCAUAACGCUUUAAAUUUUGCACCUACAUACACAAAUAAGGUCUUGUUUUUUUGCAUCACCAAUUGUAAUUUGUAAUGACAUCACUUAUUUUAUAAUAUAAUCUGCGGCGAAACAAAAUUAUUUGAGGGGUGAAAUUAAAUUUUUAUUUUUUAUUUUGGGGGCUCCCGUUUCUACGCAGUGCACUUUUUGGUAAAAAUUACAGCCUAUCUUUAUUCUGUAGAUCCAUACAGUUACAAGCAUACCCAAUUUAUAUACCCAAUUUGGGACUUUGGUAUUUUUUUACGCAUACACCAUUGACCGUGUGGUUUAGCUAACCUUAUAUUUUAAUAGUUCGGACAUUUUUGCACGCAGCGAUACCACAUUUGAUUAUUUUUAUUCUUUAUUCCAUUAUUAAAGGGGGUAAUUAAAAUUUUUGAUACAUUUUUGAUAUUAUAUUUUUUUUAGGGGGCUACAACAUGCAACCUUCUGAUUGGAUAUACUGAUCAAUGCUAUGCCAUAGCAUAGCAUUGAUCAGUGUUCUCUGCGCUCUGCUGCUCCAGGCAUGGAGCAGUAGAUUGCCGAUCGGAUGACAGAGAGGGAGGUGAGGACCCUCCCGUUGUCCUCUCAGCUGAUUGGGAUAUCACGAUUUUGAUGCGAUAGUCCCGAUCAGUUCCGCUGAGCUGCAGGGAUUCUUUCACUUUCGCUUUAGACUCCGCAAUCAACUUUGAUCGCAGCGGCUAAAGGGUUAAUGCCUGGCAUUGUAGCAACCAGGACCCACCUGGUUUAACCCUUUCUCCGCUGGUGAGAAUGGUUUAAACCUGGUAAAUGGGACCAGGGCGUACAGGUACGCCCUGCGUCCUUAAGGGGUAAAAAGCAGUACAAUAAUAGAAAAGCAUAUAAUAUGAGGACCAUUUACAUCGAAUAGACCUACAGAAUAAAGAGAACCUAUCAGUUUUACCAUAAAGUGCACUGCAUGAAAAAUAAUGCUCCAAAAUUUGCAAAAUUGCGUUUUUCUUUUCAAUUUCUCUUCAAAAUAUUAGUUUGAAUGCGCUGUACAUUUUAUGGUACAAUGAAAGGUGUUAUUACAAAGUACAAUAGAUGGUGCAAAAAAAAAAAAAACAAGUACCAUAUGGGUCUGUGGAUGGAAAAAUGUAAGAGUUAUGGCAAAAAUCUGAAUUAGCUGAUGAGGUUAACCCCUCAAGGGGUUAAAAUAUGAAUUCAGCCCCCACAAUAUCUGUCAGUGGUUCCACACUGAUUACAGAAAUAUAUGUGCUGUAAUUGAAUAUUUAUUACCCCUCCCCCCUAUCCUUUCCUCUAUUACCUUAUUACCUUCUAUUUUAUUCAUUGCACAGAGCCUAUAUACACACACACAGCACAGGCUUACUAUGGAUCUUCCAAGACCUGCGAUUACAUCAUCAGGAGUUCUAGCCUGAAGGAUUCAUCAGAGGUCCUAGAAGGUCCAUAGUAAGUCUAUUAAUGCUAUCUAUGGGCUGUCUGCAUCCCAUACAGGUUUAGGGCUAUACUAACACUACCAAUACUGCAGUUUGAACAAAAUUGCGGUAAAAUCGCUGUGAUUUUACAGCAAUUUUGCGCAAAAUUCAGUAUUGUUAGUAAUGCCCUAAAGCUUUUCAGGGGCCCCAUUUGGAUGGGUCAAGUUUACCAACAGAUUUCCCCGCAGGGUCAUCCAAUAGUUCCCAUUUUUCCCUAUGGGAAAAAUGGGAACUAUUGGAUGACCCUGCGGGGAAAUCUAUUUAUAAACUUGACUUAAUUAACCCUCCAUAUACUGGUCUUAAAAUUGGAAGACCCCUUUUGGAUGGGGGCCCUGGUCAACUGCCUGGGUUGCCCUGCCCUAACACCGGCCCUGCUGAGCUACAAUACCUGACAUAACCCAUGAACAUGAAUGAUGCUAUUAGCAAUAGACUGGUAUUUCUAGUGGCAUACAAUCCUGUAAGAGUAUAGCAUUUGGGCCAUGUUUCAUGGGAUGUAGUGAGGGAAUGGUCCAAGAUCAACUUUAGUAUCAGGUGGGAUCCUGAAGUGCAUAGGAAUAAGCUGCAGUACUGAAAUGAAGGGUCACAAUCAGGGUAGUACCGGUGGUUCUGCUGCCCAGGUAGGCCCAAACUCUUUAGUCUAAACCCACUCGCUACUUACUAGUCACCUCUUCAGAGCAAAGUUAUUUUAAAAUGAUAGGGUACUAUUGAAUAAGCAGCAGUGGGCAAUCGAGUUCCCAUCAUACAGUCGUGCCCUAUAUUUUACACAAGCAUGAAUUACAGACCCCAUUUAGUAUUCUAGUCCCAUUAUAAUAAAACUAUAUUAUAUAAGCUUAAAUAAGUUCAUAUUAUUCUCUUUUUAUUCCAUAUUUGGUGGAUUCCUGUGCCCAAUACAAUAGAUGGAGGCUGUUGUAGAUGUUCAGGGUCCCUGACCAUUUGUCUGUAUAAGUCCCUGCUCAAAUAUAUUCCAUGAUGUCAUUAUUUGCUUUCAUUGUGCUAUUAUAUACAUUGCAUACAGUAGGUGCAACAUAUCAAUAUUUGUAUUAUUAUAGUGUAAACUUUAGACUCUAUACCUUUUUUUUUUUAAAAUAUAUUUGUAAUGUUUAACCUAAUGUUCUCAAUCUCAACAUAAAAUCUUAUG